AUGUCCCACACAGACUUUCUGCAGCUCAGCGAGCACAAGUUCUUCUCACAACUGCGAAGUUCGUUGCCGAAAGCGUCCGCCUCGACGAAAGCCAGCAGCCUGAUUGCCGUGUGUGAUGACAUGCUGUACGCAUGGGACGCGCGCGAUAACUGCGUACUCGCGUUGAACAUUAAAACCGUGCGGCUGCAUGAAGGCGAAAAUAUUCCUCACCAGACUUUGUUGCCGUAUUCGCCGCCCCUGUUCACUCCGGAUCGCCUUAUUGUGAACGAGAGUAAUAGUCUUCUUGCUGCUUGUGGAGCCAACGGGGUGCUUGUCUUUGAAUUACCAUCCCUUACACCUCCAUAUGGGACUUUUUACAACAACAAAGACGUCAAUUAUGUCAGGACGCACAGUCUUCAUGAACGUGCGCUUGCCUUCAGCACCAAAAUCGAGGUGCGGCAAGUGCGUUUCCAUCCAGGAUCAACUCGUGAUAAUCACGUCUGUCUGCUGACUAACGACAACGUUUUCGUGUGUGUCUUCAAAGUUGGUCCAAGUAUCACUUGCGCCGUACCGUCUUCUUCUAUGUCCAUGCAGGAAGCUUUGGGUGAAGUUGCGGUUGAUUUUGAUUUUGGUCCACCGGAAAUCACAGCCCGACCUAAGUCUUUAACUAAAAAGACCUCAAAUGGCCUGUGUAUUUCCUCGCUGGUGAUGCCACUGUUCAUAUGGACGAUUACUCUCGGGGAUAAAACUCAGCCGGAAGUUUUUGGCCCGUUUAAGAUUCGUCCUUUGCCCGAUGGGAAAAUGAACAGCGAAUAUUGUUCAAUUGCGGUGUUUCGAACUACUCCGCCGGUGAUGGCUGUUGCCAACUGCAACGGGCACAUUUCGCACGUUUUGGUUUUGGAUGAUCAUGCUAAUGAGAAUGGCAAAAAGAAAAACAAGAUUUUAAUGCUUUUGGAAACUUUGGAACUUGAACUGGGAUAUACUGUUGGGAAUUAUUCCAAGGAUUCGGAAUAUUCUUGUCCGAUUUACCUGCACAAGGAUGCAGGACGUCUAGGGAAUUAUUUUGCUACUCAUGAGACCGGAGUACAUUCGAUUGAGAUGGGUUGUGUUGAUUUUUUGCAUAAAUUGGCUGAUGAUAAAGAAGAUGAUUUUGAAGAAGCGUUGGAGGGAAUUAUUAACGAGCAAUCUUCGAUUUAUUAUUUGCUUUGCACUAAAACAUCAGAGGAUAGAUUAGCGAAUAAUCCUGUGAUUGGUUUUGCGUUGUAUUAUAAUCGUUAUAGUUUCUUGUGUUUACUUGCGAACGGACAACUUGUUACACUUCCGAUUGAGACUUCUUCACUGCCUCAAGAAGACAUUGAUGAUUACGAUGUGGAAACAAUGAGUUCACCGCUCAAGAUACUGCAUAAUAAUCAAUUUGAUUUACAAAUACAGCGUCUUUUGAAGCAGGGAACAGCGCAACCGAUUCUAAAAUUAUCCUCGUCUGAAACUAAGACUCAGCAAGAUUCUUACGAACUUAGUCAGCGAUCAGCGCUUUCAUUACGCGAACAGUUUGCUAAUUAUGAACGCGCAAGAGUUGAGAUUGAGAAACGAGUGAGGUCUCUCACACUUUUAAAGGAAUAUCAACUGAAGGAAUUGAACAAAAUGAAUGAGGCAAGGGUUGAAUUACAAGAAAAUGCGGAGAGAUUAGCAGAAAAGUACGAGGAUUUGAAUGAUCGCCAAAUUAAGAUUACAAACAGGUGUCAGAAACUUCUGAUUUCAAUUUCUAAGCAUCAAGACGUGCCUUCCAACGCAGAAAAAGAGUUCCACGUUAAUGUGAAGAAAAAUGAAUUGAAAAUCGAUGAUUUCUCUGAUGCCAUUGACAAGUUACGCAAGAAGAUUAAAUACCAGGAGUGUAAGAUCAAAAAUUAUCAAGUACAGACGCAGAAAAAUCAAGAACUUUCAAGGGAUCAAUCUGAAUCGUUCAAAAAUUCUCUGCACGAAACAACUCGCAAAAUCAGCGAAAUGAUGAAGGAAGUCACACAGUACAAGAAUCAACUAAAUAUUCAAUGAAUUAAUUUCCCUUAAUACCUUAAUUCGAUUUAAAAACAUGUUUGUAUUACUUUCUAAAUAAAUGUUUCUUCAUAUAA